AUGGUCUUUGUUCUGUCGGGUGUUCCUGAAUACGUUGCCUCUGACCUUUCUGACCUUCGUUGUGUUCUUUUCCUCGGCACUCUCGACGCAAUACCAGGUCCUGGGUACAACCUCUCAAAGCUCCCUGCAAUCUCAAGUGAUACUAUGAAGCUGUAG